AUGGCGUCCAGACUUGACCGGCUUGUCACAAUCCUGGAGACGGGCAGUACUCGCCUGAUCCGGGAUACGGCCGUCAAUCAAUUGGCUGACUGGCAAAAGCAACAUCCAGAAGAGCUAUUCAACAUCAUUGGCCGAGUGGUUCCCUACUUGCGUCACAAGGACUGGGAGACGCGAAGCACAGCCGCCAAAGCAUUGGGAAAGAUCAUUGAACAUGCCGAGCCUUACGAUCCAAAUGCUGACGAGCAGAAGACAGAGCCUGUAGAGCUCAAGGAAGAGGACGAGAAAGCCAAGAAGGAAGAGCCGGAGGACGAGCCUGAUGGUGUAUCUGUGAAGAAAGAGGAGCAGAAAGAUACGCUUUUUUUACAGGAGGAGUUCUAUGCUCUGGACGCUCUCGACAUCAACUCUGUCCUAAAGUAUGGUCGAGAGCUACUCCGCGGAGGCAACCCUGACCUAGUUCUUGCUGCGUUGGGACCUCAAGAUCGCUUAACUCACCAGAAAAAGACACUGAAUGGCCGUCUGGGGCUUUUGGGGCGGUUGUUUGAGGAUGACGAGAUCCCUAUUCCAAUCGAUGCCAUAAAAAAUGGCAGCAGUGGCAACGGCGACGAGAACGCCCUCUCAACACCACAGGAGUCAUCCGGCGCCAAUGGACACGGUCACCACGAGAACGGGGAUGCAAACGGGUCGUCGAAUACGACGGGCCAGCACUCGGACGAAUACGGAGGACUAAGCUCCCGGCAACUGAACGUUUUGAAGCGCAAACGGAAGCGCGAGCUCCAACGGGCAGCCCAGGGAAAGAGCGGAUUCGGCGACCUGUCACUUCGUCGUACCGCUACAGGAGGCACCGAGGCGUUUGGUGACGAAUCCCUUCUUGAUGGCGAUAUGAAGAAGAACGGCAAAGUCACAGAGUACUUCAACCUCGAGAGGCCAAACGAUGUAGACGAAGAAACAAAGGUCGUUUCGGAAUUCAAAGGCCCCGUGGUGCCCAUCAAGGCAGAAAUCGAUGUUGACGAAGGCGACGGGGGGGUGGAAUGGCCGUACGAGCGUCUGUGCGAGUUCUUGAAGGUCGACUUGUUCGAUCCGGGCUGGGAGACACGGCACGGUGCUGCCAUGGGCUUGCGGGAGAUUAUCCGGGUCCACGGUGUCGGUGCUGGUCGAGAGAAGGGCAGGACUCGCGUCGAAAACGACGAGGCCAACCGCAAAUGGCUAGACGACCUUGCCUGCCGACUCUGUUGCGUCUUGAUGCUCGACCGGUUCACUGAUUUCAGCUCGGACACAUCGGUUGCACCGAUCCGUGAGACUGUUGGCCAGACGCUCGGUGCGGUGCUCUUCCAUGUGCCGGCAGAGUCGGUGCACUCCAUCUAUCGCAUUCUCUUGCGCCUGGUCAUGCAGGAAGACCUGCAGCUCGACCGCCACGUCUGGGCUGUAUGCCACGGCGGCAUGGUCGGUCUGCGCUACGUCGUGGCCGUGCGCAAAGACCUGCUUCUCCAGCACAGCAGCAUGAUCGAUGGCGUUGUCAGUGCUGUGAUGAAGGGCCUUGCGGACAACGACGACGAUGUCCGGUCUGUCAGCGCUGCGACGUUGAUCCCAAUGGCAAAGGAAUUUGUCACUAUGCGGCCGUCUGCCCUGGAUGGCCUCAUCAACAUCGUGUGGGAGAGCCUAUCGAGUCUGGGCGACGAUCUGAGCGCGUCAACUGGCAAGAUCAUGGACCUACUCGCCAUCCUGUGCAGCUUCCCACAGGUGCUGGAUGCCAUGAAGACUUCGGCGGAGAAGGACGAGGAGCGGUCCUUCACGCUGCUCGUGCCGCGGCUGUAUCCUUUCCUGCGCCACACCAUCACAUCCGUCCGGCUUGCGGUGCUCAAGGCGCUCAUGACAUUUGUUCACAUCGACAACGAGACCUCCCAGGGUUGGCUCAACGGCCGGAUCCUACGGCUCGUGUUUCAAAACAUCAUUGUGGAACGAGACAGAGAGACGCUGUCAGCAUCGCUCGAUCUCUGGUCUUCCCUCGUCCGGUGUCUGGCGAAAGCGGAUGCGGCAGCGCUGGCUCUCGAGUUCCAUCCGCAUGUGGAUGCCAUGAUGCAGCUGACGCUUCACCCUAUCGGCGUGUCGCGAAACCCGAUGCCGAUGAAGCCAGGGCUGUUCCUGAAGCCGUCAGGCGGCGUGUAUGCAACGCCCAGCAGCUGGACCCCGAGCUCGGCCCGCAAGGCGUCGCCUCCAGAUAGCGUCGAACGAUCGGUCAAGCGACGACGGAAAUCUACGCGGGUCGACGACACGCCGGUCACGACGAGCUCCCACGACGUUGACGGUGCGAUGAUGCAGGGUGAUGUCGACGUGGUUGGCAUUGAAACGAUGGUGCGGUCGCGCAUAUCGGCAGCGAAGGCGAUGGGACUGCUGAUGUCCUUGGUGCCAACGGCGGAGCUGGAAAUGUACGACGCCAGCAUCCUGCCAGGGCUCACAUCUGCACACUCGACGACGCAGCUGGCAGCGUGCACGGUGGUGGAAGAGUACGCAAAGGGCUGUGGGGAGGCAGCGGAGAGCAAGCGGUUUGUGGAGCCGCUGCAGAAGAUUGUGGAGACGGAGCGGCCGUCGCACUACAGCGAUCUGGUCAGCUUCAUCCAGCGGGUGCGCUCGCAGUGCUCGCAGCUCAUCCACAUGUUCCGGGACCACGGCAAGGUAUCGGAGGCGCGGGUGCCCCGUCUGGCGCCGCUCUGUCAAGGCGAACCGGCGGCCGGUCCGGAGGCGUUCUCGGUCACGCAUGCGGAGAAAGUUGUGAAGGAGGACUUUGAGAAGCUGAAGCGUAUCAUGGCACCUGGACAGCGGCUCAUAGCCAGUCAGCACCUGUCGGAGGCGCGGGACUCUGCGAUAGAGGCCAUCAAGGAGGCCAAGACGGCCAAAGAGAGCCGGGACAUUCGAAUUCGGGCGGCGGCAGCGUGCGGCCUCGUGGCGAUGAAGAUUCUUCCGAAGAAGCCGAGCCCGCUGAUCAAGGCGAUUAUGGACAGCGUCAAGACAGAGGAGAACCAGGACCUUCAAAACCGGUCAGCAGCGACAAUCGCGCGGCUCGUGCAGCUGUUCACGGAGACAGGCCGCCGCGGACCAGCCGACAAGGUGGUCUCGAACCUGGUUAAGUUCUCGUGUGUCGAGGUGGCUGAGACGCCCGAAUUUCCGGUGCAUGCGGCCAAGCUCACUGUGAUCCUCUCGAUGCACAAAGAGGAGGACCGUGUGGACCACGCGGACGCGGUGAAGUGGGCCAGGGAAGCCAAGGCGGCCCGUGUGACGCGGCGUGGUGCCAAGGAAGCACUGGAGAGGCUGUCGCAGAACUUUGGGCCGUCUGUGCUGGAAAAGGUGCCGAGCCUGCGGACGUUUAUGGAAGAGCCGCUGCGACGGGCGUUUUUGGACACUCUGCCAGAUGAAGCACGUGACCCGGAGCAGACAUUUGGGCAGGAGAUUGUGGAUGCAAUGUCAGUGAUGCGGAUGCUGACGCCGACAUUCGACGAGGCUGUGCGGCCGUUUGUGCUGGAGAUGGUGCCGCUGGUGAUCAAAGCACUGCACUCGGAGCUGUCGGUGUUCCGGUACAUGGCCGCGAAGUGUCUGGCGACGAUCUGCAGCGUGAUCACGGUGGAGGGCAUGACGGCGCUGGUGCAGCAGGUUUUGCCGUCAAUUAACAACCCGGUCGACCUGCACUACCGACAAGGGGCGAUCGAGGUGAUCUACCACCUGAUUGCGGUGAUGGGCGACCGGAUCUUGCCGUACGUGAUCUUCCUGAUCGUGCCGGUACUGGGACGGAUGAGCGACUCGGACAACGAGGUGCGGCUGAUUGCGACGACAUCGUUUGCGACAUUGGUCAAGCUGGUGCCGCUGGAGGCAGGGAUUCCGGAUCCGCCGGGGCUGUCGCCGGAGCUGCUGGCGGGCCGCGACCGCGAGCGGACGUUCAUCCAGCAGCUGCUGGACCCGAAGAAGAUCGAGCCGUUCCACAUUCCGGUGGGCAUCAAGGCCGAACUGCGGUCGUACCAGCAGGAAGGCGUCAACUGGCUGCAUUUCCUCAACAAGUUCCACCUGCACGGGAUUCUGUGUGACGACAUGGGCCUUGGCAAGACGCUGCAGACAAUCUGUAUCGUGGCGAGUGACCACCACCAGCGGGCGGAGGAGUUUGCGAAAUCGGGAGCGGUCGAGGUGCGGCGCAUGCCAUCACUGGUGGUGUGCCCACCGACGCUGUCGGGUCACUGGGCGCAGGAGAUCAAGGCGUACGCGCCGUUUCUCAGCGUGGCGGCCUAUGUCGGGUCUCCGGUGGAGCGAAAGGGGCUGCGAGGCGGGCUGGGCGAGACGGACAUCGUGAUCACGUCGUACGACGUGUGCCGCAACGAUGUGGAGGUGUUGGAGGCGCACAAGUGGAACUACGUGGUGCUGGACGAGGGCCAUUUGAUCAAGAACCCGCGGACGAAGAUCAGCAUGGCGGUCAAGAAGCUGCAGAGCAACCACCGGCUAAUCCUGACGGGCACGCCGAUCCAGAACAACGUGCUGGAGCUGUGGUCGCUGUUCGACUUCCUGAUGCCGGGCUUCCUGGGAGCAGAGAAGGUGUUCAUGGACCGGUUUGCCAAGCCGAUCGCGGCCAGCCGGUUCGGCAAGGCUUCGUCCAAAGAGCAGGAAGCAGGGGCACUGGCAAUCGAAGCGCUGCACAAGCAGGUGCUACCGUUCCUGCUGCGGCGGCUCAAGGAAGAGGUGCUGGAGGACCUGCCGCCGAAGAUCCUGCAGAAUUACUACUGCGACCUGAGCGAGCUGCAGAAGAAGCUGUUUGACGACUUCUCGCGACGCGAGUCCAAGAAGAUUGCCGAAGAGGCCGGGCGGGACGACAAGGAGGCCAAGCAACACAUCUUCCAGGCGCUGCAGUACAUGCGCAAGCUGUGCAACUCGCCGGCGCUGGUGAUGCGGCCAGGACACCGGAUGUACGACGAGACGCAGCGACUGCUGGAGCGACAGGGCAGCAGCAUCGAGGACCCGAACCACGCGCCGAAGCUGACGGCCCUGCGCGAUCUGCUGGUGGACUGCGGCAUUGGGGUGGAGGGCGACGGAGACGGCAGUGACCCGCUGUACCAGCCGAUCAAGCCGCACCGAGCGCUGAUCUUCUGCCAGAUGAAGGAGAUGCUAGACAUGGUGCAGAACACGGUGCUAAAGAGCAUGUUGCCGUCGGUGUCGUAUCUGCGGCUGGACGGGUCGGUGGAGGCGAACCGGCGGCAGGACAUUGUCAACCGAUUCAACAAGGACCCCUCGUACGACGUGCUGCUGCUGACGACAAACGUGGGCGGACUGGGGCUGAAUCUGACGGGUGCCGACACGGUCAUCUUUGUGGAGCACGACUGGAAUCCACAGCGAGAUCUGCAGGCGAUGGACCGGGCGCAUCGCAUUGGGCAGAAGAAGGUGGUGAACGUAUACCGGCUGAUCACGCGCGGGACGCUGGAGGAGAAGAUUCUCAGUCUGCAGCGCUUCAAGAUCGACGUGGCCUCGACGGUGGUGAACCAGCAGAAUGCCGGCCUGGCGACGAUGGACACGAACGAGAUCCUCGACCUGUUCAACCUGGACGACUCGGGGCCGAAUCUGCUGACAGACAAGGGUAGUGGUGCGGGUGGUGGAGACGGGGGCGGCGUGCGGGAAGAAGACAUGGUCGACAUCGAGACGGGCGACGUGCGCCAGCCGGGAAAGAAGGCUGCCUGGUUGGAGGAGCUGGAUGAGCUCUGGGACAACCGGCAGUACGAAGAGAGCUUUGACCUGGACGGGUUCCUGCAGACGAUGCAUUAG